UUGCGCCAGUUCCCGGUGCCGGGUAUAGCAAUAUACGAUAAAGUACAUGUCAGUCAGUCUAAGAAAUAUAAUAAAAACAGUCUUAGAUGCGUACCGCGGAAUUCGGCAUUGCACAAAAUGUAUUUCUUGUGGCUUUUAGUCAUCGCUAUUAUUAUAACCGUUUCGGCUAAUCCACCAUUCGAUGAAAUUGAGGAUCAGAUUCAUGGAGAAAAUGGUUGGUAUGUACCCAACUCAAAUGGUACCUUUUUGUGGCAGGCACUAGAUGUUGCGGAAAAAUUGUUGGAGACCCUACGCAUGGAAAAUGACAACAAUAGGACAAGUUUUGUCGAUGUUCCUGUAUCAUUUUACUUGUACACAAGAGGUAACAAGCGCAAAGGCAACCAACUCAAGGCAUUGCCUACUGAACCAUCUCUGGGGGCUUUCUCAUCGGGUGCUGCCACAAAGCGCACCUUCGUUCUUAUACAUGGCUGGACAAAUAGUUACGAAACGGAAACAGUGGUUGAGAUACGAAAUGCCGCUUUACAGGCUUUUGAUUGCAAUGUCAUUGUUGUUGAUUGGCCCAGAGCCCGUUCGGACUAUAUAUCCGCUGUUGUUGCCAUCCCCAGAACAGGGGCCAGAAUUGCUGAAAUGAUUGAUUUUCUCAACGAAUGCUGUGGGUUGUCCUUUGACACAUUAACCGUGGUUGGCCAUAGUUUGGGAGCUCAUGUUGCUGGUCAUACUGGUAAAAAUGUUAAGAAAGGAAGGGUGCACACAGUCAUUGGACUGGAUCCUGCUUUGCCAUUAUUCUCUUUCUUAACUCCUUCGAAUCGUUUAGCAGCCACGGAUGGUGACUAUGUCCAAGCUAUUCAUACCAAUGCAGGAGUGCUAGGUUUCUUGAAGCCCAUCGUUCAGGGAGAUUUCUAUGCGAAUGGUGGAAAAUCCCAGCCGGGCUGUGGCUCGGACUAUGAUGGCAGUUGCUCUCAUCGCCGCGUGACCACCUACUACGCGGAGGCACUAACAUUGAACAACUUUGGUGCGAUCGAAUGCAAAAACUACCUAGAGGCCCUCGCACAUAACUGUGGCUAUGAAUUUUCCUCAACUCGCAUGGGCGGUAUUAACCCUACGGAUGAGUCUGAGGGCUCAUAUUUUGUACCAGUCCGGUCCUCAACCCCAUUUGGCAUAAUAUACGAGAAUUUUAUUGCAAAAGUAAUUAAAUUGUAAUCUCUUUUAAUUAUCUGUAUGUAUGUGAAUAAAUUGUACCUAUUGUUUAUUAUAAGUCAUA